AUGCUUCAUAAUUUCAAGUCCCAACAUGCCUCCACACCCGAUCCCAACCUGACAGCAUUCUCUCUUUUCUGUCAAGAUAUGUAUCGAGGAGUCUCGAAAUAUUAUGAGAGGAGAAAAGGAAAGACGUACAAAGUGGUGUGGGAGAAUAUGACGGACGAGGAGAAGGAGCCGUAUUUCGAAAAGGAGAAAAGAUUAAAAGAAGAACGGGAUGCUGAGAAGCCUCCACCAUCAAAAAAACAGAAAAGAGUGUUCCCAUCUAAGAACAAUAUACAGAAGGAAAUACCUCCAGUAAUUCAUGAAAUAUUCAAGGAGAGAAAGAAGAAGAGAAUUGCGGAAAUAGUGCGAGAAGUGAAAGAUAAACUUGCAAUUGAUGAAGGAAAACCAGCGGAAUGUGGGAAUCCAAAAGUUAUAGAGAUUGAAAAACCGGAACCUGCAAAAAUUGUCUCAGCAAAAUCAGUUAAUGAAAACUCUGCCCCCUUAACCAUAUUCGAGGAAUACGAUAAGCUUAAAGCUAGUCUCCCACCGGAACUUCCCAAGAAUAAGAAUCUCAACCAUGAAAAGUGUUUUCAACCACGGAAAUGUAUUCCUAAGUUUUUUGAAUAUGAAAGAACCGACACAAUAGGAUUCGCUGAACGAGACAGAAUCAGAAAGCUUGAAUUAUUCUCAUCUUUGUUGAAGAAAUUGGAAGAAGACCACGCGCGGAAUGCGGAAAUUGAUAUCUCAUGGCUUACGCCGUGCUUUGCUCCCGAGGGACCUUUGGUUACACCACCAUCCAAUAAAUCCAGCGACCACCCAGCUACGGCUCCCACAACUUCAGAAUCUUCUUCAUCCUCUACGAUCCCAUCUAUCUCUCCAUCUGAAACCCUAUCCAACCCUGUCGAUACUCCAUCUGAAGCAUCUAUCAACUUGGAAUCCGGAAAAACUUCCGAAUUCGAUGUUCCCACGGCUUUCACAACUUCAGAAUCUUCUUCAAAAACCAACCAACCCGGUAUAGCUACCAAGCCAACUUCCACAACUUUAGAAUCUUCUACCUCAUCUACGCUCCCUCUAUCUAUCUCCCCACCUGAAGCCCUGUCCAAUCCUGUCGAUACUCCAUCUGAAACAUCUAGCCACUUGGAAUCUUUCGAAUCCGAUGUUCUCACGGCUCCUACAACUUCAGAAUCGUCUUCAGAUACAUAUCAAGCCGGUUCCGUAUCUACGCUCCAAUUUAUAUCCCCGUCUGAAGCCGAUUCUCCAUCUGAUGCAUCUAUCAACUUGGAAUCUGGAAACUCUUCUGAAUCCAAUGUUCUCAAGGCUCCUACGACUUCAGAAUCUACUCCAGUUACAAUCCAAAAUCGCCUUCAGAACCAAACCACUCUGAAUCCACGACCGUCCCUUCAUCUGAAACCCUCUUGUCCAGUCUAG